GGGAGUGGUGUCAUACCACAGAACGUUUCCUGCGAGGGCAAGCUUAGAAUCCUGCACACUCAGUGCACAUUGGGGACCCUGGUAAUUAUUGUAUUGAUCUACUCCGUGUCCCCCAAAUUCUCAACUCUUCCCCCAUCUCUGCUUCUUUUUGUAAGCCAUUUUGAUCGCUCUGAUCAUAUCUGGUCCUCCGCUACCUGCUCGGUGCUCAACGCGCCUUAUCAGACUUGCACGUCUUACGCUUACCCCGCGCUUUGCUGAAUACAGUCACGUAUGCCCUUUUAUGUUCAUUUUUGUGUUUUUGGCAGCACCUCGAAGCAGACGAGACUGCUAGCCUCGUAAUUCAGUCGCCCCCUCACUAUGAUUUCUUAGAGACUCGGUUGUUUUCCUUUAGGUCGCUCAACGUUGGACAACCACUAGGCCUCUAUGGUUGGUGGCACACCCUAGGAUCAUGCAUGAUUGUCCAUUCUAAAGCUAUUAGGUGCAAGUUGCCACUAUGGCUCCAGGUCCUGUGACUCGCCCACCCUCCGAUCCCACCAUCCCUGCCCUCUGCUCCGCACUGGGUCUGUUUCUUCUGCUCUGCGGGUUGUGCGCCCUCUGCAAGAGAAGGAGGAAGAGAAGGAAGAGGAGGAUGAGGAACGUCCAUCCCAAUGGGGUGGCCCUUGUGGACGUGACCCUGCUGCGUCAAACCCAGCUUAGAUCUCUCAGCAAAUCCGACACCAAACUCCAUGAAAUCAAAAAGCCACGUUUUGGAGACCACCAGCUUCGUCCUGUGAGCAUGGACCCGCUAUACCACUCUCCAAACUGGCAGCUCCCUGCCGCUACCGAGGAAGAAGACGCCACCUACUCCAACCUGAACUACACUCCUGAGCCCCUAACGACCUCCCUGUACGAGAGUGUGGGCUCUCGGGCAGAGAUGGACGCCACGCCAAGUGAGUCUCGAGCAGAUGAAGUAACGGAUGAAUACGCCGUCGUUUUCAAGAUGAAGAAGGGGCUGAACACGGGGGUGCAGCAAUCCAGGAAAGAGAAGGAUUCGCAGACACAGAAACCCUCGGAAGAGCCUAUCCUUCCACAUAGGCCGGACGACCUUGAGAUUGAAGCGAUGUACUCCAAAGUGAACAAGAAGAAGAAGACGGUUAGAGAUGACCCCCGCGUCUCUCCAAACCCGGCCUUUGAACCGCCCCCGCCAAUGAAGAUGGCCGCAGUGAAUGAAAUCGCCCAGGGCUCUCUAAACGCAGUUUUGGAAAGCCCCCCACUGCCGGCGCACCCACCCCCGCACCCCGAAGAGAAUUUAUACGAGAGUAUAUGUGAGAUGAGCAGCCAUGCUUUGUAGCCACCACUGAGAGUUUUCGUGACUGACACUAGGGGAUAGAUGUAUGUCAUUUUUUGAUUUUUUUUUUACUAGUAAUGGCGGUGAUCUGCGAUUCUUCUUUCUUUUUUUUUUUAAGCAGUGCUGCGCCAUUGCAGUGGGCAAUAUCGGACAUAUUUUUGUGAUCAUUGACAUUUAUACAGCGAUCAGAGCUAUAAAAAUGCACCAUUACUGUGUAAAUGUCACUGGCAGGGAAGGGGUUAACGCUAGGGGGCGAUCAAGGGGUUAAAUAUGUUCCCUCGUUAGUGUUUGUAACUGUAUGGGCAUGUGACUGAUUAGGAGAGGAGGCAUGUUGUAGGAACAAACAAUAUGUCUCCUCUCCUCUGACAGCACAGGGAUUUGUGUGUUUACACACACAAAGGCCGUGCUGGCUCUCUUGCACGUGAUCGCGAGUGACCGUCGGUAGCGAUUACACCAUGCAUAUCGGGCCUCCGGACGGCUCUGAAAUGGAACAACGUACCCAUACGUUGUUUUGCGCAACCCUGCCAUUCUGCCUAUGUAUAUCGGCAAGUGGUUAAAGCUGAAUUCAAGGCUGUUAAAAAAAAUACACCAUAAAGUGCUGAUAGUUCAUUAAAAGUGAAAAAAAAUUGUUUUUAAAUGCAGCAACUGGCACAAUGCUGAAAGCCUUGGCCCAGAUUCUCAAAGGCGUUACGACGGAGCAACACCAUUUGCGCCGUCGUAACUCCUCAUCUGG